GUGAACAAUUUCCUGAUGACAGGACCUAAGGCUUACCUGACCUACUCGAGCAGCGUGGCGGCGGGCGCGCAGAGCGGCAUCGAGGAGUGCAAGUUCCAGUUCGGCUGGGAGCGCUGGAACUGCCCCGAGAGCGCCCUGCAGCUCUCGACCCACAACCGGCUCCGCAGCGCUACCAGGGAGACGUCCUUCGUGCACGCCAUCAGCUCGGCCGGCGUCAUGUACACCCUCACCAGGAACUGCAGCCUGGGCGACUUCGAGAGCUGCGGCUGCGACGACUCCAGGAACGGCCGUGUUGGUGGCCGAGGCUGGGUCUGGGGAGGAUGCAGCGACAACGUGGAGUUCGGCGAGAGGAUCUCCAAGCUCUUUGUGGAUGCUCUGGAAACGGGGCACGACACCCGCGCCCUCAUUAACCUGCACAACAACGAGGUCGGGAGACUGGCGGUGAAGGCAACCAUGAAGAGGGCCUGCAAGUGCCACGGCGUGUCGGGCAGCUGCAGCAUCCAGACGUGCUGGCUCCAGCUGGCCGACUUUCGAGAGAUCGGGAAUUAUCUGAAGAUGAAGUACGACCAGGCCCACAAGCUGGAGAUGGACAAGCGGCGGGUGCGGGCGGGCAACAGCGCCGAGAGCCGCGGGGCCACGGCCGAGGCCUUCAGCAACGUGCACGCCACGGAGCUCGUCUUCCUGGAGGACUCCCCCGACUACUGCACCAGGAACGCCAGCCUGGGCCACCACGGCACCGAGGGCCGCGAGUGCCUGCAGACGGGCAAGAACCUCUCGCAGUGGGAGAAAAGGAGCUGCCGGCGGCUCUGCACCGAGUGCGGCCUCAGGGUGGAGGAGAGGCGGGCCGAG